CCUCAACAUUCUUUGUGAAACAUCUUGGAAGUUAAAAUGGAAGUUUCUUAUUCGAUAUAGAAAUGUUUUUGACAAGAGUAGUUAGAAGAAGCCCUAAAGCAGGUAGAUUUGAAGUUUUUCCCCAACACCCCCAAAUCAAAUUGGCGAAAACGAAAUCAAAUCAAAUUAGAAGAAGGAGAGGGACAAUCCAAUUAGGCAGCUUCAUGUGAUAUACCUUACAAAUGAUAUUUUGUUUGAAAGGUAAUUCCAAUGGUGCAUUAUUCAUUCAUGGUAAUUGCAGAAUUCUUGUUUGCAGAUCAACAGAUCAUCUAUAAUUUUGUCAUAAUUUUUUUUUGAAAGCUCCAUCUUUUACACCUGAAAGACUCUAUCUUUGACACAGAUGCUUGAUGAUAGUGCAAAUAAUUCUUUGACAGUUCUUUCUUUGCCCUUGAAUUUACAGCUCGCAUCGACGGACUGGUGAAGGCCUUGAUAAUGAAGCACUUGCACUCAAACCUAUCUUAGGUUCGAUGCUUGGCAGGAUUUAUCACAACCCCCAAAUCACAGAGGAUUGCAGCAAAUUUUACAGUUGUGGGCUUCUAAGAACAUUUAUGAUCAGGAUACUUUUGAUGCACUAAGGAAUGAGAUGCUUGGUGGACCAUCAAGUAAUUCUUUUACAGGGCUUCCAAAAGACUUAUCCACUGCUUCAGCAGAUUCAGCAGCAGGAUUGCCACCACAAACAACAAAUCAUAACGUAUUUCCAUGGCAGCCGGAUACACAAAGCUCUGUUUCCAGUUCCCACGAUCAAGAUCACCUUGAUAAACAUGCAGUUCCUGGCCAAGGCAUGCCACUGUCUCUGCCAUCCCAUCAAUUUCUUCUAAAUUCAGUCCCUUCUGUUGCUUUUCCCGGGUCCAUGCCUAUACCAUCUUCCGUUCAACCAGCAAACCAACAACCCACACCCCAUUUACUGUUAGGUCAACCCGCUAGUAGCGGUGAGAAGUUGCCGCUAUAUCCGUUGUUCCCACCUGGUCUUAUUCCUCAGAUGGUCAGAAAGAUGCAGAUUGCAGUGGUGUACCAUACUCGCCGAUGAGCCCUUUGGAUAUUCCAACCGUUAUACCUCCAUCCACUGUUCCUCAGUCAGAAAUUCUUGAGAGAGUGUCGAAAUUCUUCAAGGAGAUUGGAGAAGUUAACCCUUCUGAAGGGCCCUUUCAUGAUUCCGAUGGUAGGGAUGAGGAUGAUUAUGAAAGAGAGCCUGCAGAGCACAAGGGUGGAGCUUGCAUUCCUCCACCCCCAAACCUGCAGAUGGACCCCGAGACAAGGGCUUAUGCUGAUGGAAGUGUAGAUAGAAAGAGUGGCUCGGGAAGGUUUGGAUAAGGGGCCACAACUAAUCCAAAUGAGUGCAAGAGCUUCAGCAAGGUGUAAAACAGAUCUGCUGGGAGUUGGAAAAGGGCAGCUUCUUCUUCCUUUUUCCAUUUUUCGAGUUUUUCUUUUCUUUUCGAUGAUGUAUUCUGGGUGUCAGCAUGAACUUUUGGUUAAUGUUAACACAUGUAAGAAAUAGUACCGCAAGCAUUUUACCUAACAGAUAAAUUAAGAGUCUUUUAAUUCAUGGAAAGUUUCCCUUCAUCUAUCUAUUGGACAUUUUGUACU